UUUUCUUUUUCUUUUUUUUUUUUAAUCGAACAAUGCUCCUAUAUAAACUCAUAAUUAUUUAGCCUAUUACUUCACUCUAAUCUCAUCUCGACAGCGAGGACGACGCACAGCUUUAACAGAUUUACAGACAUUUCUGAAGUACUACAGCCAUGGCUGGGAAGGUUGUGCUGCACUACUUCAAUGGGAGAGGCAGAAUGGAGUCAAUCCGCUGGCUUUUGGCAGUUGCAGAGGUUGAGUUUGACGAGGUGUUCCUGACAACCCGUCAGCAGUAUGAAAAACUCCUGAGUGAUGGAGUCCUCAUGUUUCAACAGGUUCCAAUGGUGGAAAUUGACGGCAUGAACCUUGUUCAGACAAAGGCGAUCUUGAACUACAUAGCAGAGAAGUACAAUCUUCAUGGGAAAGAUCUGAAAGACCGCGUUAUGAUCAACAUGUACUGGGACGGACUGAUCGAUCUCAUAAAAAUGAUCAUGAGUGUGCCCUUUACUAUCGAUGCGACAAAGAAACUGAACAUCAUUCAAACUAAAGCAAAAGAGCGCUACUUUCCUGUGUAUGAAAAGGCCUUGUCUGGACAAAUUUACCUGGUGGGAGGUAAACUAAGCUGUGCAGAUGUGAUGCUACUUGAAUGCGUCCUAAUGUUAGAGGAGAAAUUUCCUGAAAUCCUCUCUGAGUUUCCCAACAUCAAGGCUUUGCGGGACAGGAUGAUCCAGCUGCCUGCUGUCGCCCGAUUCCUGCAGCCAGGCAGCAAGAGGAAGCCUCAGUCAGAUGAAGUCUAUGUUAAAGCUGUCAGGGAAGUGUUCAACGUUAACUUAGUGUUCCCAUGAAUGCUGUAAAACCUCAGAUUAGGUCCUCACACAGACAGCGUAAAUAAUUCAUUACACAAGUAUUGAGUUUUUGACAUAUGGACAAAUUUAUAUUUGUGGUUUUCCUGUAAGGUGAAAGCUGAGCUAUUCAUCACAUAAGGAUAAAAAAAAGUCUAGUUAGCAUGACAUAAUAUUACACAGGGUGCUUUAAGAAGAAGAUUUGACUAAAUAAAUUUUUGACUUUUGA